UUCUCCCAGUGCAUUCCAUUUUACACUAAAUAUUUCCUUGUUGAAUUUUUUUUUUAAAUAUUAAAAAUUUAUUAAAAGUUUUUGUAAAAUUUAAAAAUACUGUUGCGCAAGAAGUUAAGCAAUAUGUAUCAAAUUCGUUCAGAAUUUUGGAGAAAUAAAUUCGGGCCGCAGAGUGCUACAACGAGACAGGAGACUGAGAUGAUAAAUAAGGCCCAUCGGGCCAUACAUUCAACCACGGACACCAUCGAAAAAUUACGUCUUCUCUGCCUGACUAGGGGUGCUAAUGGCAUCCUUGGUCUGGGGAGAGUAUUUCGACGAAUGGAUGAUGAUGGGAAUAAACAAUUGAAUUUGGAAGAAUUCACAACUGGAAUACAAGAUACGGGACUCGAAUUAUCGGAGGAUGAGAUAAAUGAUCUUUUUCAAAAAAUGGAUGUUGAUGAGAGUGGAUCGAUUAGUGUUGAUGAAUUUAUCGUUGCUGUGAGACCACCAAUGAAUGAUAGUCGCAAAAAAAUGGUAGAUCAAGCAUUUCAAAAAAUGGAUAAAUCCGAAGACGGACAAAUUACAAUUGAUGAUUUACGGGGUAUUUACAAUGUUAAAUGUCAUCCACGAUACAUCAGCGGAGAGGAAUCAGAAGAAAGUAUUUUGAAUAAAUUUUUAGAAAACUUUGAAAAUGGAGCCACCAAAGAUGGAAUUGUCACAGAAGAGGAAUUCAUGAAUUAUUAUAGUGCUAUUAGCGCAAGUAUUGAUAAUGAUGCUUAUUUCGACUUAAUGAUACGUAAUGCCUACAAAUUGUAAUUGAAAAAACAAAAACAAAAAAUAUUUCAUAAUAUAAAUUCUGAUAAAAAUUAUAUUCUAUACUAAACCUCCAUUAAAUUACACCAUUUGGAAUAUUGAAUUUGUAUAUUAAUAUUUAUGAAUAAUAUUGCUAUUUAACGAUUUACGAAUAUUAAUCAAACAUAAGCGAAUUAUUUACAAAAUAUACAAAAUAAAUGUAAAGAAAUAAACGUGAUUGAAAAUUAA